AACACUACUACAGUACGCCGAUGGGACCUUUGGACGGAUAACCCCGUUUGACAAAACAAGCGCACCGGCUGAGUUUGAACGCUAAGGAGGCUAACGCACAGCUAGCUAACCUAAAAUGGCGACGGCAAUAUAUUUGGAACAUUACCUGGACAGUAUUGAGAAUCUUCCAUGUGAACUACAGAGAAACUUUACUUUGAUGCGAGACCUGGACAACAGGACUGAAGAAAAGAAAGGAGAGAUUGAUAGACUGGCUGACGAGUACAUAGCUAAUGUGAAAAACUUGGCAUCAGAGCAGAGGGUGGAACAUCUGCAGAAGAUCCAAAAUGCCUACAGCAAGUGCAAAGAGUUCAGUGACGACAAAGUCCAGCUUGCUAUGCAGACCUACGAAAUGGUGGACAAACACAUCCGUAGACUGGAUGCAGACCUGGCACGAUUUGAGAAUGAACUAAAGGAGAAGCUGGAAGUGAGUGGCUAUGAAAGUACAGAUGGAAGGGGAUUAAAGAAAGGUGAAUCCAAGAGUCUGAAAGAGAAACGGGGAUCCAGGGGACGAGGAAGAAAAGGCUGUGAUGAGGAUUCUCCCCGAAAGAAAAAGAUGAAAAACAACACAGACUUGGGUGACGCUCUCCUGCCAAUGCAACCGUCAGACGUUUUGGAUAUGCCCGUGGAUCCCAAUGAGCCGACAUACUGCCUGUGCCACCAAGUGUCGUACGGAGAAAUGAUUGGAUGUGACAAUCCUGAUUGUCCAAUUGAGUGGUUUCACUUUGCUUGUGUUGAUCUCACCACAAAACCUAAAGGGAAAUGGUUUUGUCCGAGAUGCACCCAAGACAGGAAGAAAAAAUAAAGCUUCCUAUUUUCAUAAAUACUUAUUAAUAUGUGUAUGUUUGGUGUAGUUUAAAAGUGUAAUAUAUAUUUCAAAUUCUAUAACUCUCCACAGAUAGUGUGGAUCAUACAGCUUUUAUUUAAAGGCCAAAUCUGGAUCUGGAGUAUAGCUACACUUGUGACACCACUAUUCCCUCCUAUUGUUUUUGUUUAUGUUAUUGGAUGUUUGUCUUUCUUCAUUUGUUUCCACAAUAAUUGCCGUUUGUUAAUUGUCAACACUGGGGAAACUGGUCUGAGCAGCAGGGUGAAGGUGGAAUCAGGAAGCUGCUCAGACUAUUACUGAUGAGAAAAGUCAUUCUCUUCCAGCAUUUGUUUGUAGUUAGAAGAUGCUCUGAAUAUGAGAAAUAUGAAUUUAGUAUACUUGAACUGUCACUUUUAUAAAGAAAUAUUUUUAAAUAAAUCAACAGCCUGCUGAAAAUUUUAAGUCUUUACCAAAAUUGUGAUGUUAAAGGAAUUGUCUAAUUUUUGUUGCCUACCUCCUUAGGAAAUUUAUCAGCACUGUAUAAAUGACUGCAAAUUUGUUUUAAUUAGCUCAUACCAAACAAAUCAGUAUGAAUCCAUUCUGAUUUCUCACAACCUUGCGACAUUGUUGAAUGUAUUGUGGUACUUAUGAUCAGUCAUUGUCUUCAUGAGCAGAAUGAGGUAUUUAAGCACUUUGAUGACAUUUCCCCAGAAGAGGUUUCAUACUGCAAGCUUGGUUUUAUGAUAUAGUUUAUCUAAAAUGUUGAAAUAUAUCCUGACUUCAGAUGUAUGGAAAUAUAUUUUGUAUAUCAAACUAUAUUUUGUGGACACUUUUUCCCACCCCAAAAGAUAUAGUGAUUAUACUGCGUACUGUUUGGUGGACACUCAAAUUUAAUCAUUUUAGUGUCAUCUUCCAUAUUCAACUGUAAAUAUCACUCAUUCAAGUGUAAGCCACAUGGGGCCAAAAUGUUUGUUUUGUAACCUACAGCAUUUUAUAUAUAUAUAUAUAUAUAUA